AAAUAUAUUUCAGAAAUGUGUUAUGAAUCAUUCAAAUAUUGAAACUCAAAAUGAUUUCACUGCAAAUAACUUUGUGUAUUCUUCUACUCAGUGCAUUUUCCGGAUUAUCUAAAGCCGAUGAUACUUGCUUAGGAGAGCAACGCUUUGAGUCCUUUACGAAAAUUGGUAACAACUACUAUUAUAUAGAACAAACAAAUGUGGUUAAUUGGCAUAAAGCAGUUGAUACAUGUCGCAGAAUGGGCGCGGACUUAGCUACAAUAAGAUAUAACGACCAAAUAAUUUCAUUAUCAAAUUAUUUGCUGUCUAAAGGAUACAGAAAUUUUUAUUGGAUCGCUGGUAAUGAUUUAGCCGAACAAGGAAAUUUCUAUUGGAUUAGUAAUGGUAGAAGAAUGACAUAUGCUAAAUGGACUCCUGGCGAACCAAAUAAUUUUGGUGGUAACGAACAUUGCGUUCAUCUACAGGAGCCAACUGGUGGAUAUACCAUGAAUGAUAAUGAUUGUUCAAGGUUACUAUACUUUAUAUGUCAAGCCCCUGAACCUUAAAAGGUGAAGAAAUCAAAAUUUAUACGUUUUUUUAAUUGCAUAAAUGUAAAAAUUGCAAAAAACA